AUUUAUUCUAUAACAUUAAAGAACAUUCACCCACAAUUACUAAAAAAUCAUGUUCCAAAUCGUCUAAAAAAGAUUGAAAACGGUAAAGCUUUGGAUUGGUCAACCGCUGAGGCAUUAGCCAUCGGUUCUCUGUUAUAUCAAGGAUAUAAUGUUAGAAUAAGUGGACAAGAUGUGGGUCGUGGAACUUUCUCACAAAGACACGCAAUGCUUGUUGAUCAAACUACCGAAGCUAUUUUUAUCCCGUUAAAUUCUAUGGUUAGUGAUCAAACUGGCAAAUUAGAAAUAGCUAAUAGCAUAUUGUCUGAGGAAGCUGUACUAGGUUUUGAGUAUGGUAUAAGUAUAGCAUCACCGUUUAUAUUGCCUAUUUGGGAAGCUCAAUUUGGAGAUUUCUUUAAUGGAGCCCAAAUUAUUAUUGAUACGUAUAUAACAAGCGGAGAAGCAAAAUGGAUGUUAAGCAGUGGUCUAACGAUGCUCUUACCACAUGGAUAUGAUGGUGCUGGUCCAGAACAUAGUUCCUGUAGACUCGAAAGAUUCUUACAAUUAACCGAUAGUAAAGACAAUGAAAUCGACAGUGAUGAUAUUAACAUACAAAUUGCAAAUCCCACUAAACCAGCACAAUAUUUUCAUUUAUUGAGAAGGCAGAUGAUAAGAAAUUACCGAAAGCCUUUGAUCUUAGUAGCACCAAAAAUUUUGUUGCGUCAUCCAGCAGCGGUAUCUUCCUUCUCAGAUUUUAAACCAGGGACGAUUUUCAAAACUAUUAUUGGUAUGUAG